UGGCAGACGACGACGUAAACUGCUAAAACAAAAUUCGGUGUGAGGGAGUAUUUCUUAGAAGCACGCCACGAUGUCCGAUAAGAAGAAAAUUUGCAUUGUCGGAUCUGGGAAUUGGGGAUCAGCAAUAGCAAAAAUUAUUGGAAAUAAUGUGAAGGACCCAGAAUUGUCUAAAAAGUUCCAGGAAGAAGUGUGUAUGUAUGUGUAUGAGGAGAUGGUAAAUGGAAAGAAACUAACAGAAAUCAUCAACAACGACCACGAGAAUGUCAAGUACUUGCCCGGUCACAAGUUACCAGAGAAUGUGAAAGCUGUCCCUGAUGUGAAGGAAUCAGCCAAAGAUGCAGAUAUUUUAAUAUUUGUUGUGCCUCAUCAGUUUGUCAAAGGCAUUUGUAAGCAGCUACAGGGAAGUGUGAAGUCAGGUGCCAUUGCUGUAUCUCUUAUCAAGGGCUUUGAUGUUGGGGAGCAAGGCGGCAUUAUUCUUAUCUCUGACGUAAUUAGACAGGCCCUGCAGAUUCCCUGUGCAGUGCUGAUGGGAGCAAAUAUAGCAAAUGAAGUUGCUGGAGAGAAUUACUGUGAAGCUACAAUAGGUUGCAAAUCUGAUGAAUAUAGUGGCUUACUCAAAGAAGUCUUUCAAACGGAAUAUUUCAGAAUAGUGUGUGUAAAAGAUGAACAAACUGUGGAAGUCUGUGGCGCCUUGAAGAAUGUAGUUGCCGUAGGAGCUGGUAUAGCUGAUGGGUUAGGGUAUGGGGACAACACUAAAGCAGCAGUUAUACGGCUUGGGCUCAUGGAGAUGGUGAAGUUUUGUGAAGAAUUUUAUCCAGGUUCACAAAUGGCCACGUUCCUGGAAAGUUGUGGAGUGGCAGAUUUAGUGACAACAUGCUAUGGUGGACGAAACAGACGUGUAGCAGAGGCUUAUGCAAAAACCGGAAAGAGUAUAGAGGAGUUGGAAAAAGAAAUGCUGAAUGGACAGAAACUUCAAGGACCACCUACAGCUUUUGAGGUCAACUUCAUGUUAAAGAACAAAGGCUUUGAGGAAAAGUUUCCAUUGUUCACAGCUAUUCACAGAAUCUGCAAGGGUGAGCUCAAGUGUGAAGACUUCAUCAACUGCCUGAAAAACCAUCCAGAACAUAUGUAACAAAGUUGGUGCUGAGGAAGGCUGUAAACCUUUCCAAAUACUGUACUUGUACAUCAAAUGAUGAGACUAUUACAUGCUCACUGUGUGGACUCUUAUUAUGUAGGAUAGAAAAGUGGAUGAACACAUGAAUGCAGCCCACCUUAAGUGGUAAUGUAACAAAAAUAUGGUGUUUUGGGGGAAGAAUUUUCUUUUGUUAAAUAAGCAGUUCUUUGUAGUCAAUCCAUACAUAAACCACUUGAUUACUGCAGCAUUGAAUGCAUGUUUGUUUGAGGAAAGUGACGUGCAUACAGUUAAAACCUGUCAAUGUGGGGUGCUUUGGGUAAGUGGAUGCUGAUUCUGCACUGCACUAUUGUUCAGCUUAAAUAUUACAGGAAAGCUCAAGUAAGUUACAUUGGAAUGGAUGUCCCUGGUGAAUAGUUGUCUGUUUUCCUCUUGUUUUCUUAUUUUUCUUCUUUGCAUGUAGUUUGCCAUGAUUCUGAUAAUUGCUCAGGCUGUUUUCUCUAUUUGGAGGGAGGGAGGGAGAAUUGAUUUUUAGUCAUGGAUGUCAGACAAUUGUGAUAACAAAAUUCAAGCUGUUUUUCAAUCAUUUUGUUUAUUGGUCAUUGUAAAUUAUGUUUCUCAAAUCUGUUCAUGCAGAAAAUAGAAAUGAUAUCAGAAAUAUUGGACGUAAAAUACAAAAUAUAACACCGUAUAUCAAACUCUAGAAGAAUCUUGUGUAGGCUGUAUACAUAGAUAUGGCAAGUGUCAGAAACAGCUGGAAAUGAAAAUCUUGUAGACAGCACAAAGGCCACCGUACAGGAACUAGAGCAGAGAACAUGUAGUUCUAUUUUACCAGAACUGUUUAAUACUGGUGUGACUGCAUUCCAAUAAACUUGAACUAACAAGUCCACUGCACUGUGUUUUUUAAUAAGAGGUUGUAAUAUAGACCACAGAUAUAUAGACCACUAUGUACAUUCAUCAAUAACACUCUUUUAGUCAGAAAUUUGGCUUGGCUUUUUGGAAAUUGAAACUUUUACACAGUUUGUUGCAAAUCUCUUUACCAUCUUUUCACUAUUUUGGUUAAACGGACAUAUUGUUGAUAGAAAUUCAGAAUUUUUGAGUUGGUUCAGCUGAAUAAAAAAAUGAGUUGCAUUCGGCUCCUAAAUGUCGGCCUAUAUUUUCCAAGGAAGGCCUCCGUGGCCAAGGCAAUGAUCCAGAAGCCUCCCACCAGUGCAGUUGUUGUGAGUUCAGGUCCAGCUCAUGCUGAUUCCCGUGUGUGGGAUGGUUUUCCAGCAAUCUGUGGAUGGUUGUGGGUUUUCUCCAGGCAGAGUUCCUCCCACCAUAAUGCUGGGUGCCAUCGUAUAAGUGAAAUAUUGUCGAGUAUGGCAUAAAACACCAAUCAAAUAAAAUAAAUAUACUUUCUGAAAGUGGUAUAUUGAGAGAAUUGGAUGGGAAAAUCCGUCACUGUCUGCCGAACGAGAUAAUAUGCAAAUGAACCAGUGCAGAGAUUCACAUAAUGCAAGGUGCUCUCACGGAUCGUUCAAGUAUACAAUAUGACAGACUGAAAAUAAAUUGAAAGUCUACUAUAUAAAGUAUUUGUAAUUCCCAACGGUCUCUAUGGCAGAACUGAAUUUACAUCAUGGGCUCCAUAAUUUAAACGCAACAGGUCUGAUAUUUGAUUUUAUUUAAUUUAUUUAUUUGAUUUGUGUUUUACGCUGUACUCAAGAAUAUUUCACUUGAACGACAGCGGCCAGCAUAAUGGUGGGAGGAAACCGGGCACAGUCUGAGAGUAACCCACGUCCAUCCGCAGGUUGCUGGAAGACUUUCCCACGUACAGCCGGGGAGGAAGGCAGCAUGAUCUCAGAUUUGAAGUUCACUGAACAUCUUGCUGUCUACACUACAAGGGGAGGUAAACUGGUAAAAAAGUCAACCUUUGGCCAUGUUUUGAUCUGUAUGAACUGAAGAUAUCACCGUGAACUGUUAAGAUUUAUAAUUUUGGAUUAUGAUGCAAGACUGGUUUUCUUCACGCCACAUGGCUGACAAGCAAAUGGUUGAUCCCAGUUCCUCCGUCUUUGUUUUCUGUUCAUUCAUGAAACUGGCUUGUCUAUCCAUGAAAUGCACAGGUUCUUCCCCGUCUAUUGACGAAUUUGACUUGUACUUAUCUGUCUAUCCAUGAACAUGACUUCGUCAUACUUAGUCAUAAAAGUGGUUGUCAUAAAACAUAAAAAUGAAAUGAAAGUGAAAAUAAUCUGAAGUGCCACUGAAAUUUGUCUCCGUGGAUUGGAUGAAUACAAUUAAUAAUUAUAUCAAAGAGUCAUUAGAUUUGCUUCGUCUUUUUCCAUCCCCUUCUGGAUAUUGAUGAACUCAAAUUAAUGUUGACUGAAGUCUCAUGGUCAAUGCAACGGAGAAAAAUUGUGUGAUACAGGUACAGGUACAGAACGUGCAUAGAAUGUACACCUGAAAAUGGUUCAUAAAAACAUGUACCUCUGCCCCCAUUUUGCAGUGUUAAGACUAUGCCCCAGGAUCACAAUGGUGUCUUGGCGUAAGUUAUACUUAGUCUUAACUUAGUCAUUAUUCUUGAACAUAGAUGUGAAUGUAAAAAAUUUUAAUUCUGUCCACAGGCAAUAAAUAAUUAGGGUAGCCAGUCAUUUAAUACAGAUCUCUCUCUCUCUUUGUCAACUUCCUGCUUAAUUUUUUGUAUGCGCUCUUGUAUGCUGUGGUAGUCAAAGUUUCCAUCUCUUGGAUGGGAAUUGAAGUUCCAUACAUGAUCAGCUAAGC